AUGGGAGAUGCUGAAGCAGGCAAGAAGACCUUUAUUCAAAAAUGUGCUCAGUGCCACACAGUGGAAAAAGGUGAAAAACACAAGACUGGUCCAAAUCUCUGGGGCCUCUUUGGCUGAAAAACAGGACAAGCACCAGGAUUUUCUUAUACAGAGGCAAACAAAAACAAAGGUAUUGUAUGGGGAGAAGAGACUCUGAUGGAAUAUUUGGAGAACCCAAAGAAAUAUAUCCCUGGGACUAAAUAUAUCCCUGGAACUAAAAUGAUCUUUUCUGGUCUUAAAAAGAAGAGUGAGAGAGAAGAUCUUAUUCAAUAUUUGAAAUGGGCAACAUCUUCACUUCGGAAAUACGUUAUAAGCCAAAAUUUCUAA